AUGAGUAAUAAUAUGAAAACUGCAAUUUUAAAAAAGAUUACAGAAUAUUUACCAAACAAUAUAAAUAUAUCUAAUGUUGCAUCUUAUUUGCAUUUGAAAACAUGUAAAACAGAAGGAAUCUAUUCUUUCCUACUUCCAUUGAGAACCAGACAAUAUAAUAUACAGAAAGAAGCACAGAACAUCAUAAAUAAUGAGCCAAAUAGUAUUUUCGACAACAUUAAUAUAAAAAAUAAUGCUAUUUCUUUUAAUAUUUCUAGAGAUAGAUGUGUUAAAGAACUUUUGGAACACAACUGUUCAACAGUAUCGGCUCCAACCUUUGUGAAUAAUAAAAAAAAUAUAAUAGUAGAAUUUAGUUCUCCUAAUAUUGCAAAACCUUUUCAUGUAGGACACUUGAGAUCUACAAUAAUAGGAAAUUAUGUUGCUAAUAUCAAUAGUUUUAUAAACAAUAAGGUGAAAAAAAUAAAUUAUUUAGGUGACUGGGGUACACAAUAUGGCUUAGUUCAAUUAGGAAUUGAUAUAAUAGGUACUAAUGAGGAUGAAAUGAAAAGAAAUCCUAUAAAAGCCUUGUACACAGCAUAUGUUAAUGCCAAUAAAUUAGCUGAAACUGAUUCUUCUGUAUCGGAUCGUGCAAGACAAAUAUUUAAUGAUUUGGAAAGUGAUAUAGGAGGUGCACAUGAACAGUGGAACAUAUUUAAACAAUAUACUGUUGAGGAAUUAAAAAGGAUUUACAGCAGAAUUGGUAUUACAUUUGACGAAUAUCAUUGGGAAUCUAUGUACAAUGCCAAAAAUAUCAAGAAAAUAGUUACGUUGAUGGAAAAAAUGCAAUUACUAGUAAGAGACGAGCAAAAUAGAAAAGUUGUGAAUCUGAGCAAUGAGAAAAGCGUUCCUAUAAUCAAGAGCGAUGACUCCACUUUGUACAUAGCGAGAGAUAUCGCAGCAGCUAUUGAUAGAUUUGAAAAGAAUGAUUUUGACUGUAUGUACUAUGUGGUGGAUAAUACACAAGUAAAUCAUUUCUCAAAUUUGUUAGAAAUAUUAAAACAAAUGCAAAUGCCGUGGGCUGAAAGACUGAAACAUAUAAAAUUUGGCCGAUUGCACGGUAUGCGUACGAGAAAGGGAGAUGUCAUAUUUUUAGAAGAUAUCUUAGAUAUUGCUAGAGAUAUCAUAAAGCAGAAACAAAUUGACUCACAUACUACUAAAGUUCGUCUAGAUUCAUCUGAUAACAGCUCGGAUAUAUUAGGCAUUUCUGCAAUGAUAGUUAAUGAUUUAAAAAGAAAACGAGAACGAGAUUAUACGUUUGAUUGGAAUGCAGCAUUUGAUUUGAAAGGGAACACAGGUGUGAAAUUACAAUAUACACAUUGUCGAUUAGGAAGUUUGGAGCGCAAUUGCGGCGCUAUCCUAACUUCGAAAUGUGAGCCAAGUCUAUUACAAGAAGAAGUUGUUGAUGAAUUGGUCAUAUUAAUUGCUAAGUUUGAAGAAGUAGUGCUGAAAUCAUAUGAAGAAUUAGAACCCUGUAUAUUAACGGUAUAUCUUUUCAAUUUAAGAGUAAAGGAUGAAUUGCCUGAUGUUGCUAGUCAAAGACUGCUGCUUUUUCAUGUUGCUAGAAAUAUUCUUGCACAAGGUAUGAAAUUACUUGGUCUAAUACCCUUGGAAGAAAUGUGA